GCUCUGCCAGUUCGGGAUUACUUUAAAUUGCGCGUGGUGAAAUAGCUUUUUAUUUUGACCGAUAGUGCACUCGUAUACACUCUUGUUUGUUAUUUCAUGGUAGUAUAAUAAUAACAGUGUCACUAAUGGAGAAGUACAUUGCCGAAUCGAGUUGAGUGUAUAGUUUGUCGAAAGGUGAAUCGCAUAAUCGGUUAUCUUUGGAUUUGAAUCACGACAACGAUCAUGGCCCAGGCACUGAAGAAGACGACAGGAAUAACGGGUCUUGCUGUCUGCCACAAUCCCCAUAUUGUGUUAACGGAUCUGUACGCAAGAAUUUUGCGUAUUGUGACUCACUUUCCGGAAGAAUCAGCUUAUAAAAGACACACAAUGAAGCUCGUUCAAGAAAGGGAUAAUAUCGUGCGUAAGACCAAGAACGUAGCAGACAUAGAGGAGAAAAUAGGCUGUGGACAAGUGGAGGAGCUAAUAAUACAAGCGAAGAAUGAGCUGAGCCUCGCAGAAAAGAUGAGACUCUGGAAACCAUGGGAAAGCCUGGUAGAGGAAUCUCCUCCUCAUCAGUGGGAUUGGCCGCCACACAAAUAAUUUAAAUCCGAUAUAGGAGAUUUGUACAUAGAGUUGAAACAAUAGAUACCUAAUCGCUUAUAAGAUACCUUUAAUUAACAUAUGUAUAUCGUAUUCGACCGGCGCAUUGAGAUCAGCAUAAAAAUCUGUUCCAGAAAUAAAUCUAAGUUUUCGCAACUGUA